AUGAGAAGCCACUUCCAGCAAGUUAAUCAAAGCCUCUUUCAUGUCUCUCUGCUGCAUCUAUGUGGAAUCUCAAUCUUUAGUUACGCCGUAGGUGAUGCAUGGAGAAGACUAUGUCUGUCUUGGUUUCCUUUUUGGAGAAAAAAUCAAGAUUCAAGAGUGGCUUAUAUAUUCGAUGUUUCACGCUUUCCUCCAAGCACUGAGUACAGCAAGUGUAACAGAUUGCUUAGUGCACAUUCUUUUUCUUAUACUCUCAUAGAAGAUAUCUCAAACUCAUCGCCUUUGGAGCAUACAAUUAUAUCAAAAUCUGGUGGUGGACAACUAGAUCUGCUUAUCUUUGAUACAUCAUUUAAGAUACUAGAGACAGUCAAACGUCUGUGUGCUAAAAGAGGUCUUUUAGUCAGAAUGACGCACAAGUUUGAUAACCACAAGGAGAACGAAUUUCUUGAAGAAUGGUCUAAAAGAUAAUUUUGAGUCUCUUCGGGAUAGUUUACUGAAUUUGAACGACCUCUCUUGGUUUUGUUUUUCUUCGGCAGGAGGAAGGAG